GCAGCGAAAUAAAGUUUUAGUGCCGUUUCGAGCGGCAGCCUUGUGAAAGAAGCUUAAGGUGCACGUCAACCAACCGCGUCGAGAAUUUUAAAGAUUUGACCAGGAGUUUAAAGGAUUCAAACCCAGCUCUCUCACCACUCACUCAAUCUAUCGAGAAAUUCUUUUUGUCCUCAAGGGCCGUGUUUAAAAGCCUUUAUUUCAACAAAGUUCAAUUAAAAUUCAUCAUGAAUCGAGGUGGUGGAGGUGGCCGAAAGGUCCUUCUUCCCCCAAUCAACUUCAUCUUCAAGCUUCUUCAACAGCAUACGCCAGUAUCAAUUUGGUUGUACGAACAAUUGGGAAUUAGAAUUGAGGGAAAGAUCAGAGUACGCGCACAAAAUUCCCCUACUCGGUCAUGAUAUUUUACUAAUCGAUGGGCUUCCAGGGCUUCGACGAAUUCAUGAAUUUGGUGCUCGAUGAUGCAGUGGAGGUUAAGCAAGCUACAAAGGACAAAGCAGAGAGCCGUAGGGCGUUGGGUUAGUUUUUGGAUUAUAUGAGUCUUGAAAAAUAGUUUACUAAUAAGGUCCAGGACAAAUUCUAUUGAAGGGUGAUAACGUGUCGUUGAUCCAGAGCGCAAGUGGAUAAGAUACCUUGGGAAGGCGUACAUUCAGAAUGGGUUAUUAUGAGAAUAAAAAGUACUGCAAGGCCUGCAAGAUGAGUUCUAAGGGAAGUUCUUCGGUCAUCUGGCUUCAUAUCGAGUUGUUUAUUUUGAGGUGGAUCUAUUCUCUGGAAACAAGACCAUCUUUAAUUUCACUAUCUCCCAAGAAAAGUCCGUGGAGGAGGCUAUCAUGCUCUCCCACUGGCACUGAUUUUUCUGCUCCAGGCUUCAAGAAUUGCUCCUGAAGAGCCAAACCAUAGAGUAAUACAUUUGUUCCUGGAUU